AUGUCCAGUUUUUCAACUGUCCGCCGUCUGCGAGGUAUCCUCGCCGUAAACAACCCCACGGCAACCACUAAAACCCCCAUUACCUCUUCAAAUUCCACCAAUCAGACACCCCAAGCAAUUGUAAAUUUCUUGAAAGAAUCAUCACAGCACCCUAAGUUCCGACGCGAAGGACGGGUCCAUUAUGAACUCGCCGUUCACCGCCUUGCAAAAGCCAACUACUUCUCCGGCAUCGAAGAAAUUAUCGAGCAUCAAAAGCAGUUCCCAGAUGUUCGUAACGAGGCCUUUGUCUCCCGCCUUAUACUUCUCUAUGGGAAAGCGAAAAUGUAUCAUCACGCACGUAAACUGUUCGACGAAAUGCCUCAACUAAAUUGUCCACGGACUAUCCUUUCCUUCAAUGCCCUUUUGGAUUCAUGCGUUAGGUCAGAGAGAUAUGAUGAAAUUGGCGGGUUGUUUCGUGAAUUGCCCGCGAAAUUGUCGAUUGAGCCUAAUUUACUGUCUUAUAACCUUGCGAUUAAGGCGUUGUGUAAGGCUGGUUCUUUCGAUUCUGCUGUGCUUUUGAUGGAUGAGAUUGAAAAGAAUGGGAUUAAGCCGGAUACUGUGACUUGUAAUACCUUGUUAAUCGCACUUUAUGAAAGUCAAAGGAUUUCUGAAGCUGAAAAUUUGUGGGUUGUGAUGGAAAACAGAAAUAUUAUCCCUGAUCUUUGCAGUUACAAUAUUAGAUUACGAAGUUUGGCUAAAGUUAAUGAGGUUUCAAAGGCGAUUCAGUUCUUCGAGGAGAUCGUUAAGAAGGGUUUCAAACCGGAUAGAUUCAGUUACAAUACUAUGAUAAAGAUGUAUAUCCAUGAGGGGAAUUUGGAGGAGGCUAAAAUGUGGUACCAGAAGAUGCUACAAAAUGGAUGCCUUCCCGACUAUGCAACGUUUAAUAUGCUUAUUCCUUUGGCUUGUGACACGAAAAAAUUUGAAUUUGCACUCUGCUUGUGCAAGAAAGCUAUUGAUUCACAAGUAAUUGUUAAUAGAGAUAACAUGCAGAGAGUUGUUGAUGGCUUAGUUGAGCACUCUAAGAUUGAAAAUGCAAAGGAGCUGGUUAAGUUGGCCAAGUCUUGUAAGAGAUUCCUGUAUAAGCUUUCGUUGCCUUCGCAUAACUAG